AUGGAGCAUCCACACCUCCCAGAGAUUCAAAAAGCGAUCAAAAAUCAUAACAAGAUAUAUGGCAAAGAUGAAAAUAGAAGAAUAUUUUUCAAAAAAGAUGAUCAUAAACUUAACCGCUCAGAGUUGAUUAAAGAGAUUGCAAAGAAAUUCCCAAAGUAUUCAACUACAACCAAUACACCAUCUCCUUCUGAACCAUCUCCAUCUCCUUCUGUACCAUGGCAUCGUCAUUCUGUACUUGACGUGGAGGACCUUACUUGA